AUUUAUUUGUUUUGAUAGAACGAUCCAAGUGGAAUAGUAUUCGGAAUAGUGUGAGAAAAGUGUGUGCAACGUGAGAUUGAACAAAAUGUCUACAAAAGGUGGAUGUAGCGUGGAUCAGGCGAAAAAGCAGUCAUUAAAAACACAGGAACUGCUGAAAAACCAAUCACCACGUCUUGUGCCACCAUUUUCAAUUCAAAGCCUUCAGAAAAACACGAAAGUGAUGCCAUACAGUGUAUUUAAUCGAAACCGUAAACUGACGAAAAAACCACGACGCACAUCAUUUCGUAUGCAUUAUGAACGCGGUGACUUGCCAUUGAGAUUGGAAUAUUUCAGCGGCGGUGCAAGAAUAUUAUGGACAAUGGAUUUGAAUAAAUUGAAUUAUCAUCUUUAUUUGCCAUUAUUUUUUGAUGGUCUAUCGGAGUCAGAACAUCCCUAUAAAACAUAUGCACAGCAAGGUGUUCGUGACCUAAUUAAUUUCGGUCGUGAUAAAAUAUAUAAUUGUAUACCGCAAUUGAUUGUACCAAUUAAACGCGCUCUAAAUACAAACAAUAAAGAAGUCAUGUGUGUAACACUGAAAAUUAUCCAACAAAUGGUAAUGGCAUCUGAUCUCGUGGGACCCGGUCUUGUACCAUUUUAUCGACAAUUGUUGCCCAUGUUUAAUGCAUACAAAACAUUCGAAGCCACUUGCGACGACAAAGUCGAUUAUUCGCAGAAAAAAAGCUGUAAUUUGAGUGUACUUGUGGAAGAAACAUUGCAGGUGCUAGAACGGCAUGGCGGUGAAGAUGCAUUUAUCAACAUAAAAUAUAUGUGCCCAACUUAUGAAUCGUGUCUAUUGAACUAAGGAUCAAAGCGGAUUCAAUUCGAGACCAUUUGAAUUAUUUGAAUAAUUUAUUUAGUUCUAUUCUCAUAUUGUAUUUUUCCCAUUUAUAUGUAGAAUUAUAUUAAUGCGUUUUAAGGAUGGUUCACAGUCAAUGGUUCCAAACAACAUACACGUGAAACUGUAUGGCCAAUCAAACAUUCAGCAAUUAUAAAUCGCCCAUUUAAAAUGGGAUAAGUAUAUCAACAAACAGGACAAGUGAAACUAUAGAUUUAAAUUUUACCAUUUUAUU